GGGGAUGGUGGAUGUUGCGCAGUGCGCACGCGCAGGCUUUCUGACGGCCCAGCGCGUUUUACCGCAGUAUCGUUCAGUCAGCGCGCGCUGCGGCACUGCGGCCGGGGGGAAAUUGAGAACAGCGCGAGACAGCCGAGCCGAGCGCGAGAUUCAGGGCCAGAGUAGAGCGCGCGCGUGUGAACGCCUUCGUCGUCCCUUGUCACUCAUUCUCAGGCUGUGUGUGAGCGGUCUCGCGCGCGAUGGCGAAGGAGGAUGAGAAGAAGGAGGCCGGGGAGUGGCGGGAAUUCUUCUGGAACCCGAGGACGCACGAGCUGCUGGGCAGGACUGCGAGCAGCUGGGGGUUGAUUCUACUGUUUUAUCUGGUCUUCUACACAUUUCUUGCUGGAAUGUUCUGCCUCACCAUGUACAUCAUGCUCCUCACGCUUGAUGACUAUAAACCUACAUGGCAGGACCGUCUCGCUACUCCAGGGUUGAUGAUCAGGCCUAAAGGAGACAAUAUGGAGAUCUUAUAUGAUGUGAAGAAUACAGAGAGCUGGGAUAAAUAUGUUCAGACCCUGGACAGCUUCCUUGCUCCCUAUAAUAAUUCUCAGCAGAUGUUGAAUAAUGAUGCUUGUGCUCCGGAUAAGCAUUAUGUUCAGGAUGACAGCGGCCCAGUGAGGAAUGUCCCCAAACGCUCCUGUCAGUUUAAUCGCACCAUGCUGGGGGACUGUGAUGGCUUCACUGACCGCACUUAUGGCUACGGUGACGGCAAGCCCUGCAUCCUCAUCAAACUCAACCGGGUGAUUGGAAUGUUACCAGGGAAAGAUGGACAGUCUCCAUACGUCACCUGUGGAGCAAAGAAGGAGGACAGUGAGUUUUUAGGUGAUGUGGUGUAUUUCCCUCCAAAUGGGACCUUUAACCUGAUGUACUACCCGUACUAUGGCAAACGGGCCCAGGUGAACUACUCUCAGCCGCUGGUAGCGGUGAAGUUUCUGAACCUGACUCAAAAUGCCGACAUCAACGUUGAGUGUAAAAUCAACUCCAACACCAUCAGAGAGUUCAGUGACAGAGACAAGUUCGCCGGCAGAGUUUCGUUCAAACUGCGCAUCAACUCCCCCGACUAAUACACACUCGCACUAACGUACACACACGCACACAUACGCACUAACGCACACACACACACACACACACACACACACUAACACA